GACUGACUGGGAAAUGUCAGCCGAUUGACUGGGAGCGGGGGUUUCCUCUUCCCGGAGCCCACAGGCCUUUGGGUGACCACAGCCACGGUCGCCUGGGACUGUAGGAUCCCUGAACCCGGCGGGCUGCGGCGGACGCGAAAGCUUCUGAGUCCCUUCCAGACGCUGUCUGGCGAGGUCUGACGCGAACAGAUAUGGUCCAGAACUCUCCAUGAAUCAAUUUGGUUGGAGGCUGCGAACAUUCAAUAAUGAGUGGUGCAGCUUUAGGACUUGAGAUUGUUUUUGUCUUUUUUCUGGCAUUGUUCCUCCUGCAUCGAUAUGGAGACUUUAAGAAACAGCAUCGACUUGUAAUCAUCGGAACACUGCUUGCUUGGUAUCUCUGCUUUCUUAUUGUCUUCAUACUGCCACUGGAUGUUAGUACGACAAUAUAUAACCGAUGUAGGCAUGCUGCUGCAAAUUCCAGCCCUCCUGAAAAUAACAAUGUUACAGGAGUGUAUGCAUCUGUCACUCCAGCUCCAAGACAGCAUCCAUGUUUCAAGCCAUGGAGUUACAUUCCAGAUGGAAUCAUGCCAAUUUUCUGGAGGGUAGUUUAUUGGACAUCUCAGUUUUUAACAUGGAUUCUGUUACCUUUUAUGCAAUCAUAUGCAAGAUCUGGAGGUUUUUCCAUCACCGGAAAGAUAAAAACAGCGCUGAUUGAGAAUGCAAUCUAUUAUGGAACUUACUUACUGAUAUUUGGAGCAUUUCUAAUUUACGUAGCUGUGAACCCACGUUUGCACUUAGAAUGGAACCAACUUCAGACUAUUGGGAUAGCGGCUGCCAACACAUGGGGUCUGUUUCUCCUCGUGUUGUUAUUGGGGUAUGGCUUGGUGGAAAUUCCUCGGUCGUACUGGAAUGGAGCCAAAAGAGGCUAUCUGCUUAUGAAGACGUACUUUAAGGCAGCCAAACUGAUGACAGAGAAAGCGGAUGCAGAAGAGAAUUUGGAGGAUGUAAUGGAGGAGGUUCGAAAAGUAAAUGAGAGCAUCAAGUAUAACCAUCCAUUGAGAAAAUGUGUUGACACGAUCCUUAAAAAGUGCCCUACAGAUUAUCAGGAAAAGAUGGGUAGGAAUAUGGAUGAUUAUGAAGAUUUUGACGAAAAGCGUAAUACCUACCCAAGUGAAAAAAGUUUGGUAAAAUUGCACAAACAGGUGAUUUAUUCAGUUCAAAGGCACCGUCGGACUCAAGUGCAAUGGCAGAUUCUUUUGGAACAGGCAUUCUAUCUAGAAGAUGUAGCAAAAAAUGAAACUAGCGCAACUCACCAAUUCGUUCACACUUUUCAGUCAUCUGAGCCAGAAAAUCGAUUUAUCCAAUAUUUUUAUAAUCCUACAGUUGAGUGGUACUGGGAAUGCCUUUUGCGUCCAUGGUUUCACAGGAUACUUGCUGUGGUUUUGUCUAUCUUCUCUGUGAUUGUUGUGUGGUCAGAGUGUACCUUCUUUAGCACAACUCCUGUCUUAUCCCUUUUUGCAGUAUUCAUACAGCUGGCAGAAAAGACAUACAAUUAUAUUUACAUUGAGAUUGCUUGCUUCCUUUCCAUCUUCUUCUUAAGUAUCUGUGUUUAUUCUACUGUGUUCAGGAUUCGCGUAUUUAAUUACUACUACUUGGCUUCACAUCACCAGACCGAUGCGUACAGUCUUCUUUUCAGUGGCAUGCUAUUUUGCCGUUUGACUCCUCCUUUAUGUCUUAACUUCUUGGGAUUGACCCAUAUGGAUUCCUCCAUCUCCCACCAGAAUACCCAGCCAACGGCAUAUACAUCUAUCAUGGGUUCCAUGAAAGUUUUAUCCUUUAUUGCAGAUGGAUUCUAUAUAUAUUAUCCUAUGUUGGUAGUAAUUCUCUGCAUCGCUACGUAUUUUAGUUUGGGCACCCGUUGUUUGAAUCUGCUUGGUUUCCAGCAGUUCAUGGGAGAUAAUGAUAUGACAUCAGAUCUAGUUGAUGAAGGAAAAGAACUAAUCAGACGAGAGAAAAGAAAAAGGCAAAGGCAAGAGGAAGGUGAAAAUAGAAGAAGAGAGUGGAAAGAACGUUAUGGACACAACAGAGAGGAUUCCACUCGGAACAGAAAUGUUCAUCCUGACCCCAAAGAGUCAAAUUUCUCAGACACUACUACCAAUUGGUCAUCCAAAUAUACCAGGGCAAAUAACAGGACUGAAAGAGACCGAAUAGAACUUCUCCAGGAUGCAGAACCUCUGGAUUUUAAUGCAGAAACAUUUACUGAUGAUUCUCUGGAACCUGAGUCAGGAAGGUAUCAACCUGGUGGACGAUAUCUCUCCAUGUCUUCCAGCAUAAUAUUUGAAGAUAUCUAAAGUCUGAAUUACUUCAUGGAUCAAGCAACCAAGGUCAACACAUCAGCUCAGCCUUUACGAACAUCUCUGUGUCCUGCCUGUAUUUCCUCUGUUCUCUCUAAACGGUGUGAGGAUAACAAAAACGGCAUUGGAAAUUGAUCACAUCUUAACAAUAUUAGGUUAUGGCUUGGUGAAUAGAGCACCAUCUUUUCUGAUGGCUUUAUUGGAGACCAUCUGAAGCAUCUGCCUUAGAAGUGUAGUUAAGCAGAAGGAUUCAGCUCAUGAUAAACAUAGAGCUAACUUGGUUUCAUGCUAAUUUUUUAGGAGAGUUAUUUUAAAGUUCAAUGAAGCCAUAAGUCAUACUAAAUUCUACAAUUUUAUAACUGUAAUUUAAACUUUUACUAUUUCUUUAAAAAUGUUCAACCUACAUUUUCCAAAGAACUAAAAGUGAACUGAGACCUCAAAUAAUUACCAUAUUCACUAAACUCAUGUCUUAAAACAAGGCUGACAUAUCAGACAUAACUGAAUGUAAACAGCUCCUCUUCAGAUCUGUAUACACCCCUGUGGGAUUGUGCAUGUAUAAUUAAGAUGAUCCUUCAAUUGAUAGUGUUAGUGUCUUUAGCAUGUGUGUUCUAAUUGGGUGAUGUGUUAUUCUUUUCUGUCUUUGUAGUAACUGGGUCUUUUUAUGGUUUUCAUAUUAUUGCUUUGUAAAAGAUUUUCAUUUCAGAGAAAUAUAUUCAUCUUUAACAUUUAGAAUAUUGACUUGAUGCUUAUCAUUCCAUCCAAGAAAAAUCCUAAAUAUUAAUGAGUAGAUUUGUUUGUUUUAUAGCCAAAGAUUCUCUAAUAUUUACAUUUUUUUAAGAUUUACUUUAUUUAUAUGAGUACACUGUGGCUGUUUCCAGACACAGCAGAAGAGGGCAUUGGAUCUACCACAGAUGGUUAUGAGCCACCAUGUGGUUGCUGGGAAUUGAACUCAGGACCUUUGGAAGAGCAGUCAGUGCUCUUAACUACUGAGCCAUCUCUCCAGCUCCAACUCUCUAAUAUUUAAGAGAUGCCUGUUAAUGCUCCUUGUAAAGAAAACAUCUGGCUGUUUCAGCUAUUCAAUGGUAAAAAGAAAAAUCCAUUUAUGAGUAUUGCUAACACUUAAAUUAUAGCUUAAAAACAGAAGAAUAUAUAGAAUGGAAAUGCAUAGUAAUAACUUGUUUGUCAAACAUGCUUAUUUUUAAAUUGGUUGUUUCAACCUUUGCAUUUGAGCCAAUGUUGGGUAUUAUGUUUUAAAGAGCCAGGGUUUUAUUAACAAAGUGAACAUGGCUUAGCACGUGUUAGCAGGGAUUGUUCUAUGGUCCUGAAGUAUUUGUGUCUCUUACAGAAUACAUUUUACAUGGGGUGACCAGACUUGAACUUGUCCAGGACAGUUUCACACCUGUUUUCCUUGCAAUUAUUACUAGUGCUCAAGUGUCACUCUGUCAUAUGUUGAGGACAUAGUUGGGUGUAGGUACCAAAAGGAAGUAUUCAUCAUCCUCUUUACCUUUUUUUUUUUUCUUAGUGGUUGUAUUUUUUAUGAACUUCCACAUAGAGCCCCCUUUAAAUAAUUAUCAAUAGAUAGAUUUACCCUGAAUUGAAGGUUGCAUAGACUGCUCGAUCCUAGUACACAUGCAAAUAACCUUUUACUGUGAAAUGCAGUCAGAGCGGUUGGCCAGAGCGGUGAUAAUGUAAUGCUGUUUAUGAUUUCAUGAUUGGUUCCUGGAAUACCUUAGGCAGAUCACGGAACCUUUCAGUGCCUCAGUUUCUUCAUUUUCAGAAUGAAGGACUUAUUUACUACUUUCCUACUGAUCUACCUCACGAAACUGUUGUGAGGGAAUUAAAUUGAUGAUCAUGUGCUGGGGUUUAGAAAGACAAAGCAAGCUGUCUGCGCUUCUCUCUCUCUCUCUCUCUCUCUCUCUCUCUCUCUCUCUCUCUCUCUCCCUCCCUCCCUCCCUCCCUCCCUCCCUCCCUCCCUCUCUCCCUCCCUCCCCCUCCCUUCCCUCUCCUCCCCCCCCCUUCUAGAACUUUGAAGGGACAGAGAUGAUUAUCACAGAAAAGGGUCUUUGAGAAGCUUCAAAGUCCACAAAGCAAAAUGAACGAGUUUGUCUGAAGUUCCUGAAAUAGUGACUCAUCAUUUGUUCUGUGGAUUUACUUUGAAAUAUUUUUUCUUAAAUAUGGUGUUUGUUUUUUCUCUUAAUAUUCAGAUUCUAUUGUCAGAGUAGAAAGAUAAAAAGAGAAUGAGUGUCCAAUUUUACUCCCAACUUCCAUAAUGCACUAAGACAGAUUGAUAGAAUGUGCAAAGGAAUUCAGGUACUUCCCUUUAAGGUCACACCAACCGAAGUGUUGUAUGCAGAGGCUUCACACAUACUGCAUCCUUUGUAGUUUUCUGAGUUAUUUCCACAGUGAGUUUUUGUUGUUUCAAUGAUCCAGAGUGUUCAAAAUUGUAAGGAGUUUUUCUUACAGGGUUUUGUAUACAACCAUAUAGAAAAGUUACUUUGCCGGGUAAACUUGAGUUUAGAAGGCAAUGGUUUCAAGCUGGAAGCCUUGACUUUAUUUCUGAGGGAUUAAGUUAAUAUUUAUUAAGCUGCUCUGAGUAAAGCAUUGUUAGUGUGUACAGUAUUUUUCUUCAGACAUGUAUUAACAUGUAAUGACACAGUCACAAAAAUAUUACUACAGAAUUUAUAUGCUUUAUGGGCAAAGUGGUUUCCUUAACGAAUUAGUUCUGAUAUUCUUUUUCUUACAUGUUAACAAAUGUCAUAGAAUUAUCUAAAAUGUUGUUUUAUUGUAGCCCAGCCUGGCCUCAAACUCUGUAUAUAACUGAGGAUGACCCUGAACUGCUGAUCUUCCUCCACCUCCCAAGUUCUACAAUCACAGAAAUGUGCCACAGCACACAGAUCAAUAUUUUUUAAAUAAUUGUUAGUUAAGAAUAUUUAACAAGCUAAUAACUCAAAAUACGUAUUAUAGGAAAAAAUCUGUAAAUUUCAAGAAUCAGCUAUAUGUAUUAAUUUACUUUUAAAAACUAUAUAACCCUUUUAUUAAUAGCACAUUUUUAUAAAAGAAUUUUAAGAAGAAUUAAAAUAUAAAUAUAAUUAUAAAUAUUUGCUAUCGGACCACAUACAUACAAGAGUUUUAGAAUAGUUUCAUCCCACAAAAGGAUCUCAUUUCACAAAAGUGUUAAGAGUUAAAUUAAAGCAUGAAAAGUUCCCAUCAUAAAAACAAAUAAUUUUCAACAGUCUCCCUUGUCCAGAAAGAAAGGUUGUUUGGUGAUAUGUGUCUGGCCUUUACCAUAUAAAUUGUCCAAUGUAACACAGAAGCAUAAAGUAUGUUCAAAUUGAGUGUGGGUAGGAAAGUCACUGUGUGUUAAGGGAUGUUUUCAGUAGUAUGUCAAUUACCAUAUUACCGGAAAAAUAAAACCUAUAACAACAGUUCAGACUGUAAAGUAAAAUUUAUGCUUAAAAUUUGAAUGGGCCAUGCCUGAAAAAUUCCAAGGAUGAUAUUACGUUUGUACUAAGAGACAAAAUAUGUCCCCGAGGAGUUAUACACACUUGAAUUUCAAAGAGCAAUGGACUCUAAAAUAUUUAACUUUAAAAGCUAAGAGGUAAAUGCACUUAGGGUUUGCCUUUGUGCUUCCCUCCUUCUCACCUCCCUUCCCCACCUCCCUUUCCCUCAUGACUUUUCAUGUACUGAUAGACUUUUCUCUUUUGUUUAUGUAUACUGUGUUAACGAGCAGUACACUCAAAAAAAAAAAAAAACUACUUGACUUCAAAUUCCACUCUGUGAAAUAGCAGUAUUGUACCUGAAGUAGUAAAACACAUUUUGCUAGACUAGUGAGCAAUGUCUGAAUGGAAGCAUAGUGCAUACUAGCUCAGUGCAUUUUCUUUGAUGUUACUAAGGAGGACACUGAAGUAAAUAAUUUUCAUUGUAAAAUUUUGUAUAAAAUGAUUUAAAAACACCCAACAUUAAGAACUGUGAGAUAUUUCACCAUAAAAAGGAAUUCAUAAAAAUGCAUGUGUUUAAAAGUGGAAUAGAUUAGGGUUACAAGAAGAGCAAAAUUUGAUUGGUUUUUUGUUUGUUUGGUUUUUUUUGUUUUUUUUUUUUUGUUUGUUUGUUUGGUUUUUUUUUUUUGGAGUACUUCCAAAUCAGUGGGUUUUGUGGCUGGAGACUUGGAAGGCUAGGCUGGGUUAGCACUGGUUCAGCUCCUCUUCCCAGGGCAGGUACUGCCCUCUCUACUGCCAAGGGAGCAUGCUCACCUGCAGUUCCUUCCGUAUUAGUCACUGUAAUAAAAUUCCAUUUUCAAAAGAUUUAUGUGCUGAGAUCAGGUGAGGUCUUGCUAUAAUUUAAAAUGUUCUUCAUAAAGUAAGACUGCAUAAUUCUGUUAUCACUAUUUUAAAAGAUGUUUUUGCUUCCUAGAAAACCUUUCUAGCAAUAUAUUGAUUUUUUUUAUAAAUAUACUGAUUACUUGUAAAAUAAUUUUGCUGUGUUUGAUGCAAAAGAAUAUUGGGAGUGGCUGACUAUGGCAGACAUGUAAGGCAAAUUCACAGCCUAUUAAAGUGCACAGCAUUUGCAGUUGGUAUUAUGACAUAAAUCUCUGUCUUUAUUGAAAGAAUACUGGCUAAUAUCUUCCCUGUUCAGCAUGCCAGGUUGUAGGGGAGAGAUUGUGUUAUUUAUUUAUCUGUUUAAACAAUCCAAUGGAUUUGUUUUUGUCUGUAUUUUGGGAACAACUUGAAGGAUUUUUUUUUCAUUUUAGAAGAUAGUAUGUAUACUCAUCUUUUAAAUUACUAUAACAUAAUAUAUAUAAAUUAUAACAUUGAAAAGUACAAAAAGCUCUAAUUAUUGAUGUUGUUGUUUUCCUGGUAUUUAAUUUUUAUAAAUGGUUUUGUAAGUAAAUAAUUGUAGUAUUGCUUUUAAGUAGUUUAAAGUCAUACUUAACUAAGUUCUGACUCAACAUACUGCCUUAGUACAAUAUUCUAAAGUGAAGUACUCUGAUGUGAAUUUGAAACAUGCCUGCAUUUUCUAAGUUUCUUCAUAUGUCUAUGUAUAUGCACCAGUACCCAGAAAAGCAUACCAGGAGCCUGAUUUCCACAUUACAUUGAUAAAGAGCUUGGUAUUUUGCCUAUAUGUAAUUCAGUUGCCUAGGUGAAAUAGAACAUAAAUCUCUUCAAAUAUCUGCCCAAUCACAAUUUUCAAAAUGGUAACUUUUCAUUUGGGAUGCAUGAUGCCAAGUUUAUCUUUAAUCAGCUUUUAUUACUGGAUGUAUAACAAUGGAUAUUUUCCUACUUGGUCAGUAGGUUGUAGAUUUAACUGGUUUUUUUUUCCCCAGUAGAUUCUCACUACAUUUUCAAAUCUAUAUUUGGAAAAACCUGCAAAGUGCUCUCAGUAAGUUAGUUAGCAUCUUUGGCCUUAUUUAUGCAUAAUGUUUCUUAGUUUAAUUUUGACAAACUCACUGACAGGCAGUUCCUUUGUAGUGUUGUAACUUACUGUGAUGUAAUGAAUUUUUCUAAAAUGUUUAUAUGUUUCAUUAUUAAAACAUAGGAUAUUGUGUAGCUUUGCAUGAAAUAAAUGGCAUCUCUGUGAGCUGUA